AUGUUUUCCGCAAUAACAGUUUAUGCUGUACCACCAGAAGCAUGCUUCGCUGACUUCCGUUGGGACGACUGCGGUGCUCCUCCCCAGUCAGUCAUGUACUACUGGAAGCCAGGCUCCCGCUGCGAGGUCGGCGUCUGGCGUGGCUGCACACCCAACCUGAACAUGUUCCACGACGAGUACGAAUGCAUCAACACCUGCGUGUUCGUGAACAGAGCCCAGCCAAGAGACUUCCAUGAUAUCCUCAAGCUACCUGACGAUAUAGAAAUGGCAGAUCCCUCAGAAUCCACGGAUCAAAUGAAUGUAACGACAGCAAUUACUGACAAUGAAAGUACCAUCAUGCCCACAGAUGAAAAUACCGUAUCUGGCAAUGAAACUAUCGGCAUUACUACAGAUGAAAAUACUAUAGUGAACACAGAUUCAAAUACCAACAUGAACACAGAUGCAACUGCCGCCGAGACCACAAAUACUACAAAUGCUGCGCAAUCAAACGUUGAAAAUCAACCAAAGGAAGCACCGAAAAGCUAA